GAGGAAGUGGCCGCGGCUGCGAGAGAAGACGAGGAAGCAGCGGCUCCCGCAACGCCUAGCUCGGGUACAGCUCCACUGUUGGCGGAGCCGCGCCGCUCUGCUCGCUCCCGGGAGCGGUAGGAGCCGCCGGUGGGCGGCAGUAGGCAGUGAGCGGAGGAGCCGCGGCAGCGGCAUUAAACAUUAAUUGACUACUUGGAAAGAAAAAAAAUCAUGGCUUCCAACAUGGCCAACCCUGCUAACCAUUUGCCAUACUUCUUUGGCAAUAUUACACGUGAGGAAGCUGAGGAGUAUUUGAUGCAAGGAGGAAUGAGCGAUGGACUAUACCUGCUUCGCCAAAGCCGGAAUUACCUAGGGGGCUUUGCCUUGUCCUUGGCCUAUGGAAGGAAGGUUCAUCAUUACACAAUUGAGAGAGAGCUGAGUGGGACAUAUGCUAUUGCAGGAGGCAAAUCACAUGCAAGUCCUGCUGAACUCAUUAACUAUCAUUCAGAAGAAGCAGAUGGCCUUAUCUGUCUACUGAGAAAAUCUUUCAAUCGACCGCCAGGCGUUGAGCCCAAAACAGGGCCCUUUGAAGAUUUAAAAGAGAACCUCAUCAGAGAGUAUGUCAAGCAAACGUGGAAUCUGCAGGGUCAUGCUCUUGAACAAGCUAUCAUUAGCCAAAAACCUCAGCUGGAGAAACUGAUUGCUACUACAGCCCAUGAGAAGAUGCCUUGGUUCCAUGGGAGGAUCUCUCGGGAAGAGUCAGAGCACCGUAUCCUCAUUGGGUCAAGAAACAACGGAAAAUUUUUAAUACGAGAAAGGGACAGCAAUGGUUCCUAUGCCCUGUGUUUGCUCAAUGAUGGAAAAGUACUGCAUUACCGUAUUGACAGAGAUAAGACAGGAAAGCUCUCCAUACCAGAUGGAAAAAGAUUUGACACCCUCUGGCAGUUAGUUGAGCAUUAUUCUUACAAACCGGAUGGAUUAUUAAGGGUUCUGUCCAUUCCCUGUCCACGGCAUGGCUCAGAAAGUGAUAAUGUUGUUUUUGACACUCGUCCUCUCCCUGGAACCCCUUCUAAGAGUUGGGCGAGAGGUGGAAUUAUCUCAAGACUCAAAUCGUACACCUUUCCAAAGGCUGGCAGCAAAAAGCUCCAGACACCUAUUGGUGCCCCAUCUGAUGACCAAACACCUUUUAAUCCUUAUGUACUGCAAAGGGCAAGAGGUCUAAUAGGAGCAGAGAAAGGUGAUCAGAGAGAGGCCUUACCCAUGGACACUGAGGUUUAUGAAAGUCCAUAUGCUGAUCCAGAUGAAAUUAAACCAAAAAAUGUCACUCUCGACAGGAAAUUGUUAACCCUGGAGGAAGGAGAACUUGGCUCUGGAAACUUUGGUACUGUAAAGAAAGGGUUCUAUAAGAUGAAAAAGGGGGCCAAGCCAGUGGCUGUAAAAAUUCUUAAGAACGAGAGCAAUGAUCCAGCCAUAAAGGAUGAGUUACUGAGAGAAGCAAAUGUAAUGCAGCAACUGGACAAUCCAUAUAUUGUCCGAAUGAUAGGUAUAUGUGAAGCAGAGGCCUGGAUGUUAGUAAUGGAAAUGGCUGAACUUGGGCCACUGAACAAGUUUUUGCAAAAAAAUAGGCACGUCACAGAAAAGAAUAUAACAGAGCUGGUACAUCAGGUUUCCAUGGGAAUGAAAUAUCUGGAGGAGAAUAACUUUGUACAUAGGGAUCUGGCUGCAAGGAACGUGCUAUUAGUCACCCAGCAUUAUGCCAAAAUCAGUGACUUCGGACUAUCUAAGGCUCUUAGUGCUGAUGAAAAUUAUUACAAGGCACAAAGUCAUGGAAAAUGGCCAGUCAAGUGGUAUGCUCCAGAAUGUAUGAAUUUCUACAAGUUUUCCAGCAAAAGUGAUGUCUGGAGCUUUGGAGUUUUAAUGUGGGAAGCUUUCUCUUAUGGGCAAAAGCCCUAUAAAGGAAUGAAAGGUGGUGAAGUUGCACAGAUGAUUGAAAGAGGAGAACGAAUGGAAUGUCCUGAAGCCUGUCCAGUGGAAGUCUAUGACUUAAUGAAAUUAUGUUGGACAUACAAUGUUGAUGACCGACCAGGAUUCGUUGCCGUGGAGCUGCGAUUACGGAACUACUAUUACGACAUUUCCCACUAACAGUGUGAACAGCAGCUUGCCUUUCUUCAGCAAAGAGAAGCAGUUCAGAUUCUGAAACUAAGUGACAUAUUUUUGUACUGUCACCUUCACCAUAGUGAAGAGCUCUUCACCAAAGUGAAGAGCUAAGCCCUGUGUGUGAGGUUGCGUUUUUUUGUUUGUUUGUUUGUUUUGGUUUUUUCUGGCUUUCUUGUGGAGUACCAAGCUCUGAAGUAGAGCAGCACAACAUAAGUGCAGAUGCAUAGACUGCCAUUACAUUCCAUUUUAUUUACAGCUUUAUUGUCUUUACAUUCUUCUGUCAUGAACCUAUUUAAAGUCUUUCAGCCCUCUUCCUCUUAUGUAUUUGAGUGCAGAUGGGGAUUUAAAUUUUUGUUGUUCAUAUUCUUAGCUCUCAAAUUGUGUCAUUCCAGCCUUCUCCCUAUUUGAGAAAGAAUAGCAUAAACAUUUUUUUUUAGGACUAGAGGGAAUGGCUUCAAGCUGCGCCAGGGAAGAUUCAGGCUGGACAUUAGGAAAUACUACUUCUCUGAGAGGGUGGUCAGGCACUGGAAUGGGCUGCCCAGAGAGGUGGUGGAGUCACCGACCCUGGUGGUGUUCAAAGAGCGUUUGGAUGUUGUGUUGAGGGACAUGGUUUAGCGAGAACCAUUGGUGAAGGGUGAAUGGUUGGACUGGAUGAUCCUGUGGGUCUUUUCCAACCUUAGCGAUUCUAUGAUUCUAUGAUUCUAUGAUUUUUCACUGUUAAAAAAAAAAAUCACUAUUGACAGUGUCAGUCACUUUGACUGACAGUGUGUUUGAUUUUACCCCCAUCACUUUAUAACCAAAUAGUAUUCUUCUUGUUAGUAACAUUUGCAGUCAGGAGCUGGGAGAUGUGAAUUUCUAAAACGUAGAAAAAAAAAGGAAUCAUCAACUCCAUUAGGUGUUACCAGCUUCUCUCUUUUGUCACCUCUUGUGGAAUCCCCAACAUGGAAUUCACUUUAUUAAUGGUGAAACCAGGGAAUUCAAGGGCUUGCUCUGACCUUGGGACAAAAGGUAUCAGCACCUAAGGCAAUUACUCUGUCUUUUAACCUGAAGUUCAUCACUGCAGUUCCUGAAAAGACAAUUGUGCUUUGAAAGUUGAAGGAGCAGCAACUUCCCUUCAUGUUGUUUCAGCCUUCUCUAGAUUUAUCUUUUCCAUGUAUCUCUUUGGAUAUACCAAAGCUUCUUGUGUUGUAUUUUAAGCAGCAGCCAUUUCUUUUUCUAAACCUUUCUUCAAAAGCACCUGUGGUUAUUCACCGCAGCUUAUAACUUCUGAAGCUCAGUUUCACUCCCAGCUCAAAUAUUCUGAAAUAGGCUCAUGGAUAUUCACUUUACUUUUGCCCUCUCCUAUAUGUUAGUACUAUUAAUCCUUGUGAACAUCUCAGAAAAAGGUGUCUGUCUUACCACAUUUUUCAUGAUGCUCCAAGCAGAGUUUCCAGUAUUGUGUAGGUAUAGCAGUGAUAUGUAAUCAACUUCUGUCCCCAGUUUUUACUUGUAUGUAUUUUUGUCCAAUCUCAUUUUAAAUAUUCUAGAAAUCAAAAUUUCUUCUUGUGUGUUUCCCACAAGCAGGGAACUUGACAGGCACCUGUGUAUAUUUCAGGAAUCUACUAUACACAGAGAUUUUAGAGAAAUAUGAAAAGUAAGAUUUAGAGUUAGAUAUACCUAUUGCAUACAAAUGUUUGAAACGUGUUUUUACUUGUUAUGUGAACAGGAUAUUCUUAGCAACACAGUGAUAUUUUUGGGGCAGUUGCACUGAGACAGUGAAAUAAUAUGUAUAAAAUACAGCUAUAACAAUGUUGGAUUUACUGUGAAGCAGUGUGUUUCUUGAUACUAAUUGAAUAGUUUAUUUUAAAAUAAAAGCCAGGUGAUUUUGGUAGUUUAACUUCUGGGAAUCCAGUGCAGGAUACUUCAGAAAGUACAUGCUACUGAAAGAUACUGAGUGUUACAGGUCAUGUUUUAAACAUGAUUCAGACAUGACUUACAUUGAUGCUGAUUUCAUUUUUUGAUUUAUUUUUAACAAACAUUUUUCUACAAGAACUGCUUGUGUAGAUGUUGCUUGUGAUUAUAUAUAGCCAUUUUUUAGCAUUAUCCCUGUUGCAGAUAAACUGUCAAGCUCUAAUGUGCAAUUAGUACAUUCAUGGGGAUAUCAGUUGUAAAACAGUUGCAGAAAUCAAAACCAAUUGUACAUCUAGUGAGUGACAGCACUAUUUCCCUGCAAUAUAUGCGUGUGUUUAAGUUCUACCAAAUACAAGAAAGCUAAAGAAAACUGGAGAAAUAGUUCUCCCCCUCUCUUUGCAGCAGAUGUCUCUUUCUAGUCUUACUUAACUGUUUUUAGCUUCACUAUUCUGUAAUUAUAUUAAGAAUAAAAAAUAUUGUGAAAUAA